AGACUCCGCAGAGCUACCCAGAACCUUAUUUUUGUUUACACGACAGAACUAGAGUUAUCGACAUCGACAUCCUCAAGACCCAUGGCUCCCGUGCAGAAAAAGAAGACUGGCGGUAAAACUCGUUCCGCCCUUAAGGACGUUGUCACUAGGGAAUACACAAUACACCUGCACAAAAGAGUGCAUGGUCGUUCGUUCAAGAAGAGAGCUCCUUGGGCCGUAAAAUCCGUUGUUCAGUUCGCUCAGAAAACCAUGGGUACAUCAGAUGUCAGAAUCGACCCGAAGCUGAACCAGGCACUUUGGGCUCGAGGUGUGAAGUCUGUUCCACACCGGCUAAGGAUCAAGCUUGAGAGAAAACGGAAUGACGAUGAGGGUGCGAAGGAAAAACUUUACACGUAUGCUUCACACUUAGAGGUAUCUUCCUUCAAGGGGUUGCAAACUGUGGUCGCAGACGCCGAGUAAUAUUCCUGUUCCGCCUCUUCGCAUGUCAGUCAUAUGCAAAAUCUUGUCUCUUGCUGUUUCCUCUACAUGUAUAUGAAUAUGACCACCACCCUGCAAUCUACGAAAAGCGUGGUA